UAUAUAUCUGGAUAUCAACCCGAGAAUAAUGAUUCUAAAGUGAUAAUUGGUAAAAAUGUAAAGGAUGAAUCUGAAAGAAUUUACUCGAAUAAUUUAGAAAAUGAAAAUUUUAGGAUAAUAAAAUUAAGUAAAGAUAAAGAAAUACAAAUUGACAAUAAAGGAGAAUUCAAUUAUAUAAGAAAAAAUUACGUUACGAAUACUAGUAUGAAUGAUGAUGAUGAUGAUGAUACAUAUAAUAAUCCGAAUCUUCACUCGGAAGAACAGGACGAAUUAGAAAUUUUUGAGGCACAUUACUUUUCUGAAUUUAUACAACAAUUUGGAUUGAUGGGAAAUAUGAAGAACAGGAUUCUAAAAAAAAGACCAUUAAAAAGACCUAAAACAACUAAAUAGAUUGAAAAGUUUAAUGUAACUUUUUUCUAAAAAAAAAAAUAUAUGUAUAUACAGUACGUUACCUUUAUAUAAAAAAAAAAAAAUAUUUUUUCCAUUACUUUGCUAGUUUCCUUCAAAAUAUUUAUUGAUAGAGUGUUGGGCUGUUGGCCUUUAGAAGUUAUUUUAUUAUAUCGUUAAAAUUGGGACUACGUAUUUAUUUUUAUUUUUAUUUUUAUAUCCAAAGGAGCACAUGGGUAAGACGAAUUAAUUUAAACAUACAAAAGUAAU